AGCGGCAGUUGCUCGCCAUUAAACGCACAGAAUAAGCUCCAAAAUGAACAAGGUGUUGAUCAGUCUAGCGCUCUUCUUGGCCGUGACCGCGGCCGCCCCACAAUUUUUCGGUAAUGGGUUUAACAACGGUUUCGGAGGACCCGGUUUAGUUGGCCUACGCCCUAUCGGUGGAUUCGGUGGCCUAGGAGGAUUCGGAGGUUUCGGAGGUGGUGGAACUGGUGCUGGAGCUGGAACAGGAUCCGCUGGUUUUGGAGGAGCCAACGCAGCAGGAGUUGGCAUUUCAAGCGCUUUUAAUGGCGGAUUCGGCUCCGGAAGUGGAAGCGGCGUCGCUGGAUCGAGUCUGUUUGGCGGAAAUUUCGCCUCAGGUACCGGCAAUGGAUUGAGCUUCGGAAAAUAAGAUCAUCGAACACGACAACAACAGCAUAGUAAAAUUUACAAUUGUACAGAAAUCUGACCCCCCCCACCCCUUCCCGCUAUCUUUAAAUAAAAAUAAAUUAAUCAACGGA